AUGGGAACAAAAUAUUAUAGUUCCACUCCACAAAAAGGAAAUACCACUGAUUGUGAAAACUACCGAGCAGUUUGCUUAUCUUCAGUGGUAUGUAAAGUGUACACUCGAAUAUUAGAGAAAAGACUGCGAAGUGUGGUGGAAGAACAGCUAGAGGAGGAACAGUGUGCAUUUAGGCCUGGCAGGCAGACGCAAGACCACAUCUUCUCAAUAAGAUCGAUCUGCUCAAAAUCUAUUGAAAAAGGCAAGCAAGUAUAUCUGGCGUUCCUGGACCUGAGAGCCGCAUUUGAUACAGUAUCAAAAGAAGCCUUAUGGGAGACAUUGGCUGCUAAGAAUGUGCCACAAAAAUUACAGCGUGCUAUUAAAAGUGUCUUCAAUAAUGUCACUGCAGUGGUUAGAACGUGUGGACAGAUAUCAGGACCUCUGCAAAUGAGAAGGGGGAUAAAACAGGGGGACAGCUUGAGUCCACUAUUAUUCACCAUGGUAAUGGAUGAAAUCCAUAAAAUCUGCAAACGAAGAACGGGGAGAAUGACAGUCGGACACUGGAAUUUAAGGCCCAUUUUCGCUCAAGCUCUACUGUUCGCGGACGAUAUAGUUCUGAUUGCUGACUCGGAAAGGAAACUAAAAGCAGCUGUAAUCGAAUGGAAUGAAGAGAUCAAGAGAAAAGGUAUGGAACUGAAUAUCAAUAAGAGCAAGGUGAUGGUGGUGAAUGGAACUGAAGGUGAGAGAGUGAUAAUGGAAGUGGAGGGGCGGCAGAUGGAACAAGUAAAAUCAUACGAGUACCUUGGCACCAUUAUAAAUGAAGAUGGAAAACUGGAUGAAGAACUGAGAAACAGAAUCAACAAGGCUAGCCGGGCUUACUAUGGUACCAAAGACUGUAUUUUCGGGAAAAAAGAAGUGGGUACUAUGGUGAAGAAUAGGGUCUAUAAAAGUAUAAUAGAGCCUAUAGUUCUGUAUGCGGUGGAAAGUUGGCCCAUGAAGACACAGCAUAUGAGUAGAGUAAGGGCAGUGGCAAUGAAGUGCCAUAGAAGAACGGCUGGGAGGACGUUGAGAGACAGAGUAAGGAGUGACCGCAUCAGGGAGGAAAUUGGAAUGAAAGAUGUAAAAGAAGUUAUCGACAGAAAGCAAUUAGGAUAUUGGGGUCACGUACAGAGGAUGGACGAUGAGAGGAAGGUGAAACAGUACGCAAAUGUGGUUGUAGGAGGCAGACGGAAGAGAGGACGUCCCCGGUACUCGUAUGAUGAACACAUUAGAAGAUUGGGAGAGGAGAGAGGAAGACUGUGGGGCAGAUGA